AUGGCAGAGAGCGGUGAGGCGAUGGGAGCGGUGCCAGAGGCAGCGGAGAGCGAGGCCCAGGUGGUGAGCAAAAACGGCCCGUUCCGGUCGUACCUGCCGAGCACGGUGUACCAGGCGUGGAGGGGCGAGCGGAUGGAGCAGCAGGGCGUGGUGGUGUGGUGCGGGCCCGCAGCGUUCGCGGCGCUGUACGUGCUUUGUAGCGGUUGGCUGGCGGCCUGCGCGGGGCUGGCGGCCAGCGGGACCGAAACAGAGAUGUUGGAAGAAAUAGAUGCGGUGCGACUAGGCGGCUUCCACAUCGGGGUGCGACCGCCGCUCGGGCUGCACGUGCUUGCGAGGCUCGGACUGGGGCUCAUCGGCCUGCGGCGGCUGGCGCUGCUAGCGGCAUGCGUGGUGUUGCAGUACCUGUACAAGAGCCUACGGUGUGCGGGGAUACAGCGCUUAUGGGCGGGGGCGGCGGUGGGCUGCAUUGCGUUGCUGGAGGUGUUCCGGGAUGCUGCAGUGCACGCAUCGCUGGAGAUGUACCAUGCGAUGUUCCUGGCGAUCAUACUGUACAACUGGAAGAGCUUCAAGCUGCAGGAGCCGUUCGGACAAGCGUGGUGGCUACGGCUCUCUGCAGUGGCGGUCUGCAGCGGCCUGGCUGCGGGCACAAAGUUUGUCGGCCUGGGUACCUGGGCGUGGGUUCUCCUCUUGAAUUCCGCCCAUAUAUUCCAACUGAUCGGCGAUCUGGAGGUAUCGACGCGGACUGUGUGGAAACAUGUCCUGAUAAGGCUGCCGCUGCUAACUUUGGUGCCGCUAUCCAUAAUUCUUUUAGGCUACCAUAGCCACUUACAGGCACCUAGUUACAGCUCGCGUGAUUCUUCCUACAUGCCUACGUUGUUCAAGGCGCAAUUGGACGGAUAUCAGGUGGUGCAGCCGGCCAGUGUGUACUAUGGAAGUGGGGUGGUUAUUCGCCACAGUAGCUCCAUCGGCGGGUACCUCCAUUCGCAUGAGCUAACCUAUCCGGGCGGGUCAGAAGAGCAACAGAUCACCUUAUAUGAUUUUGAGGACGCGAACAACAAGUGGACGGUGGAACCAGUGUAUAAUGAGGCAAUGGAUGACAUCAUAAACAGUACCCAACCCGUCCGCAAUGGCGAUUUGAUCAAGCUAAGGCAUGUUCAGACGGGCAAGUUGCUGCGAGCGUCCGCCGCGAAGCCGCCUGUAAGUCAGCGAGAUUACGAUCAGGAGGUUUCCUGCACUGGCGACAGCGGGUAUAGUGGGGACAGUGAUGAGACAUGGCGGGUCGAUAUUCAGGAUGCAGAAUACCACGAGGACCUAAAGCCUGUUUUGCAUCACUUCAGCCUAGUUAACAAGGGGCAGUCUUGCACCCUUCUGAGCCACGACGUCAAGCUGCCGGAGUGGGCCCUGUACCAGCAGGAAGUGAUUUGCCUUGCGUCUCCAGUGCACAAGUAUUCGUUAUUCUACGUGGAUUCCUCCGAGAUGAUGCACAACGAGACGAUGCAAUUGCCGAGAUUGUCUUUUCCGGCAAAGUUCUGGGCGUACAUCCACGCGCAAUACAAGUAUGACUACUUUGUUAAAAACUUUAACGCAACGGGCGAUGUCCCUUACCUAAGAUGGUUAGUCCACAUUUCGGAAAAUAAACUCCAAAACUGUAUCUGGGUAGCAGGACUUCUAAGCGUUAUUUGGUGGUGGUUGCUAUUUACUUACCGCUGCUUUACCUGGAAUCCCUGGGACCCCGCUGUGGCAUUUGAGCCAACCACUCUUCGGUCAGCCCUAUACAGGGACAACUCGUUCGAGUAUGUUGCCGGAUGGUUCAUACAUUACAUUGUCUUCUCCCGCUGUUCGCAUGGUAACCUGCAGAUAGUCCAGUAUCUGCCAGCUUUGCUCUUCACGACCUUGCAGAUUGCGAACACAUUCCAAACGUUUUCGGAAUGGAUACACCGAUUAAUUGUAAAGCUUUUCUAG